ACUCCGGCCAUGGCCAGACUGUUGGAUACAAUUCCCACCUGCUUCUCCAUUACAAUCAUAUGCAUAAUAAGCUUGCUCAUCACCACCGAGGCGGCUCCUCAAGCCUCUCUUGUCACCCACCUUCCCGGCUUCAAUGGCGCUUUUCCGUCCAACCACUAUUCCGGAUAUGUAAGUAUAGGCGCAAAGAAACUUUUCUACUACUUCGUAGUUUCAGAAGGGAGCCCCGCAGACGAUCCUGUUGUCCUCUGGCUCAAUGGUGGCCCCGGCUGCUCCAGCUUUGACGGAUUCGUCUACGAACACGGGCCUUUCAAUUUUGAACAAAAAUCAAGUGGAGCAUUGCCCACUUUACAGCUUAAUCCGUACAGCUGGUCCAAGGUUUCCAACAUACUGUAUUUGGAUUCUCCUGCUGGUGUUGGGUUUUCCUACUCAGAAGACCCAAGCCAAUCCGCCUACGUAACUGGGGAUCUUCAAACUGCUUCCGAUACCCACGCCUUCCUGCUCAGCUGGUUUAAGCAGUACCCCGAAUUUCUUUCCAAUCCGUUUUACAUUUCCGGGGAGUCUUAUGCCGGAGUCUAUGUCCCUACUCUGGCUUCUCAAGUUGCCACAGGAAUACAAAAUGGAACAAAACCAAUUUUAAAUCUCAAGGGUUACAUGGUGGGGAACGGCGUCACUGACAGAAACUUUGAUAGCAAUGCUCUAGUCCCUUUUGCUCAUGGGAUGGCCCUCAUUUCAGAGCAAAUCUAUGAGGGAGUUAUAAAUGAAUGUGGAAUCAACUACUCUAAUUCAUCUAGUCCCAAGUGCGAUGAGCAACUUCAACUGGUUGGCCAGGCUCUUAGUGGACUAAAUAUUUACGACGUCCUGGAGCCUUGUUACCACGACCCUGGAACUAAAUCAGGAAACUCUACUUCUACAACCAAAAAUAGCAAAUUACCCUUAAGCUUCCAGCAACUAGGCGAGUCGUCGGAGAAGCCUCUCGGAGUGAGGAAGAGGAUGUUUGGCCGUGCUUGGCCUUAUCGGGUAUCUGGAGAAGAUGGCUUAGUCCCUUUGUGGCCUCAGCUAGCUGCUCAAUCUAACUCAAUCCACGUUCCAUGCGUUGAUGAUACUGUCGCUACUAAAUGGCUAAACGACCCGGCAGUUAGGGAAGCACUUCAUGCCGAGCCUGCAGGCGUGUCUGGUCCCUGGGAAUUAUGCACAGACAGAAUCACUUAUUAUCGAAAUGCUGGAAGUAUGAUCCCUUACCACCGAAACCUUACAAGCAAAGGAUACAAAGCACUCAUCUUCAGCGGAGACCAUGAUAUGUGUGUGCCAUAUACUGGAAGCCAGGCAUGGACUAGUUCACUUGGGUAUAAAGUUAUUGACCAAUGGAGGUCUUGGCAAUCCAAUGACCAAGUUGCAGGUUACUUGCAAGCAUAUGAGAACAACCUCACCUUUCUCACUGUCAAGGGAGCUGGGCACACCGUCCCUGAAUACAAACCACGGGAGGCACUCGACUUUUACACCCGCUGGUUGGCUGGAAAACCAAUAUGAUCGAUCGUAUAUAUGACGACAUAGCAUGGCCGGUGACUGGAAGAGAAAACUGUCAAUAAAACUUAUUUUUCAUUUUCGGCUAAAAACAGCAGCCGCAUUCAUUCCAUUUAUCAUCAUUUUCCAUCUUUUUACAUGUGUUAAUAAUAUAUAGACCCACUUCCUUACUCUCAACUUUUACUCUUUACGAAUCAAAGAAAAACUUUAGCACUGAU